AUGUACAAUAUAACGUGGCUGUUACCAGAUGUUAUCCGUGGUAUCUACGGUAACGUCCGGUACGGCAAAACGAAGGCCCCUUUGUCGAGGUGUCGAGUGGAGAAAAUUAGUGCAAUUGGGUGUGUAAGAAGUGCAGUGAGGGAACUUAACAGUUAUCAAAUGAGCGUAGCAGUGUGUCCCGAUCGUGGCUGCACUACCCUGAGUCGCGGCUGCAGCGACUGCUUAAUUCAGCCUGCCCAUCUAAUUGUCUGCCCGAUUACCCGUCAUCAUGUCUGCCCAUGCGCCCUCACUCACCGGACUCGCCUAUCGACUGUACCUAUGCUGCAGCGCGGGGGCGGCGCGGAGCGGGGCGGCGCACCACGCGCUGUGAUUGGCCGGUCGGGCCCCGCCCCGCGCGCGCUGAAAAACUUGCGGAAAAACGGUGCGAGCGCGCGCCAGUGCCUCUCGGACUCGCUCGGUGGGCGGACGCCACUCGCGCUAGAGACGGCGCGACCACGGACCGGCGGCCGCGGCCGCGAAAUGCCCGCGCUGGCCCUGCGCGACCAGCCGCUCGACUGCUCCCUGCGCCUGCGCGCCUCCACCACACCGACCUGGCGCGACCACCCCCACGGUCAGUCUCUGUUCUCUCCCCUACUGUUCGUUCGCGCUACUCACUUAACCGCCCGUGAUAACUGA